UUUUGAAGAGGCUGAAGGAGAUGUGACAUUAACUGCUUUGGAGGGUGAAGAUGAACAAGCAGAGCUUGAUCAUACUAAGGGACAGGAAGAUAUGGAUGUGAGCUAUUUUGAAGAAUGGGAUAGAACUAACAUAGAGGUACAGCAUGGUCCAGAGAGAAGGGAUGAUUGGGCACAGAGAUUAUUAAAACAGCUGAAAGAAGAAUUUGAUAAAAUGAAUGUUGCAGGAAAACAGAGCCAGAUUUUUGCAGACCAUGGUCAACAGAGUCGAUCAGUUGUUGAGGUAGAUAAAUUGUUGGAAUUAUUUAAAAACAAUUGCCAAAUGCAUCUAUGUACUGGACAAAGUAGAGUUGAAAAUUGGAAAGCUGAUGGGGGUGUUUUAAUAAUCACACGGAGAUGCUGUCAUGGUCAUGGUUGGGGUCUGGUCGUCAUCAAAGGUUUUAUGCGUAAAGAAGGAACAGAAUGUGCACACCACUACCAUAAUGAUAGCUGCAGCAAUUAUUAUAACAG